AUGUUGUUCACCAAGCUCUUCGCAGUAACAUGCCUCUCGCUGUGCCCCGUCAGCUCAUUCUCACUACCACAAACAAACACUCCAACCUGUACCGCAGCCACGCGCCAAACCAUCCUAGAAGGCAUUCCCAAUGGCUUCAACGCCGUCGCUCCAGGCGCAAGUGCAGCAUUCAUAGCGAGCUUACCUCUCAUCCCAUCCUGCUCCUUGACGCUGUUCAUCAACGGCCUGCCAGGCCUCCAAGUCGCCCCGGAUGCUUCGACUACAAGGAACUCCGCUCUUCUCGUUCGGCAGGCAUUCCUUCGCGUGACACCUAGUGUACCAGCGUCGGUGGAUUCCGGUAAUGGGACGACGAGGUCAGAGUUGGAGAUUGAUACUGGAUUGUUGCAUACGAUAGCAUUACCGGUUACUUUUCAUGCUGGGUUGGUCUUCAACUAUCUAGACAACUGUACGAUUGAGAGCGUGGUCGGGAUUCUGACUGUGCCGACCUCUGUGCUUGGGAUUCCGAUCUUGAUGCCGGAUGUUGUGGCUGCAGUACAGGAGCUUGCGAGUCAAGCAGCUGCGAUGAGCUGA